GCCUAAACUGCUUCGAUAAACUUCAGCGCGAGUCUGAGCCGAGUCUGUCCACCACGACACGACACAUAACGCAUCUGAUCGCCCUGCUCCCCCGUCCCCGUCCCAAAUCAACAAGUUUUCGGCUUCCCGUUGUGCUUCCCGUCAGUACCAGCUUUGCCCGACUUCGACCUACCUAAUCCAACCUCUUCGAACCGUCGAGUAUUGUUUUCCCCCUCCCAUUACAGCGCCCGCCAAUUCCUCAUAUAACCGCACCCACUAUCCGCCCGCAUUUCCUCUCCCCACACAAGGGAAAGUGACAUCGGACUACAGCAUCUACCGGCCCAGACUUUUGCCGCGAUCGCAUGCUCGAACAGUAAGGGGCAGCGCGCCUCUAUGCACCCCUUUUCUGUUCUUACACUCGGCAUCUUCGUAGCUGGGUAUAUCACCGCCCGAUGGGACCUCGUCACUCGCCUAUAUGAGCUUGCCAUAUUCGCUUGGAACUACGGAGUGGUGACUCGGGCCGCCAAGGGCUUCGGCGUGUUAAGCCUUGUGUUUCUCAUCGUCUUUAUUCCUGUGCAACGUCUUGCUACUUUGGAGUCGAACCUGCAUCCGCGAUCGCCAGGAUCAGGUAUCUCCGCGAGGGAACAACUAAGGAGAAGGGGCUCUUUCUGAUUGGUUGCUUGCGAUUGCGCUAUCUGUCAUGCCAGAGGAUGAUGGCUUGAUGCGCGUGUUCUGGCCCACAGACCUUCCGCGAUCCGACUGUAACGGCGUCGUGGUCGGCUGGAGGAACUCGGCCUUGGAUGUUCUCGUGGUGGCAGUACUGGAGGAGGUUGAGCCUCGACGUGUUGAAAGCGCGUUAAAGCUCGGUAACCUUCUCCGUAACGCCCCUCACCCAGUCAGCCGCAUCUACGAACAAUGCGGCAAAUCGUCCAUAAGCGUCUUGGGCGUCUCAAACACUCCAGACACCGUCGAGGUCGACUCAUCAUGGAUCCGGGUUACGAUAGCGCCUAAACAGCGUGUGCCUUCUGUCACCUGUGCUCGAGCGUCUAGUAUCCAGAUUAUCCUUUUCGAGCGGCCUCUGCCAGGACGAAUGCAGUACAUGUCACUUAAUCCGAUUGCCUUGGCACUGGGAGACAAACACGAUGGAUUUAAGCAAGAUUUCGCCGACAGUGGGGAGGAGGACGACGAGAAGCGGGAGCGUUUGAGCAAGGAAACGAAGCGAAAACUGGUCGAGAAGCUCAAACAACAUUCGGUGAUAAAGCGAAUUCCGUCGCCCAAAGAACGAGCGCUUGCCACAAUAGUCAACCAAAUCAAUUGGGCAUGGGAGCUCGAAAAGCUACUGCAGCAGAACGUCUCACGCAUCGGCACUCGUCCUAAGAGGGCUUUGAGCGUGUCAGAACGAGUGGUCGAGUCGGCAACCACAGCUCGCGACAUGGUCUUGGUAUGGCUUUGGGAGUUGAUCACCAUUUACGUGCUGCCCGUCAUCAAGAAGGUAUUUGUGCUAGGCUUGAUGGCUCAUAGGGUGGUCGCCGAGAUGUUAUUGCGCAUACUGGAGUGGCGGCUUCGGCCCAGAUAUGCAGCUCUGAAAGACAUAUCUGCGACGGCUCAGCAAGUUGAGAUUCGCCUCCAACAGUUUUGCUACUGGCCGAUGCAGUAUGUCACGCUUCGGAUGAGGAAGAACGACUGGGCGAGUGUAACAACGAGUCACCCAGACUACAUUCGGUUUUACAACAGUCUCUGGCUUGUUGCCAAUGAUGUUAUCAUCGGUAUGGCGUUUGGUUCCUACAUUAUUGAAAAUGCUGGCUGGGUGGCCGACGAGAUCAGCCGCCUGCUCACCACUUAUACCGUCGAAGCACUGCAGAGCAGCAUUUCCUGGCUCAUGGGCUGGCCGGCAGGCUUGAAGCUAAACACGGAACUAGCGGCGUUCCUUGGUGAUCUGUUUCUGUGGGUUAUUGAAUACUGGGCGAGCUGUAUCGAGACGAUUCGGCCCAUGCUGCCACGUAUUGUGUUGAUUAUCGGCUUCUCCAGUUUUGCGGGGGCAAGCAUGCCUCUUGCCCUAUUCUCGGAUCUCCUUUCCAUACUCACGAUUCACAUAUACUCCUUCUACCUCGCCUCGGCCAGGAUAUUUCACUGGCAGUUGAAUAUCCUCCAGUCGCUUUUCCACCUCUUUCGCGGCAAGAAGCACAACGUCCUUCGAAACCGCAUCGACUCGUGCGACUAUGGGCUCGAUCAACUCCUUGUGGGGACUAUUCUCUUCACGGUCCUGUUCUUCCUUUUACCCACCGUGGUGGUAUUCUAUCUGAACUUUGCGAUUGCACGCAUGGCGAUCAUUCUGUUCAAGGCUUGCUUCGAUACUGCACUUUCUUGUCUCAACCACUUUCCACUUUUCGCAUUGAUGUUACGAGUCAAAGAUCCGAAAAGACUUCCAGGCGGCAUCCGGUUCGAGCUUCGCGACACCCAGGAUUUUGGAGCCACCUCUAAUGAUAAUAUUCCCCUUCGUCAACACCCCUCGACCUCUGUCAUUUCUCUUCAGUCUAUCCCUCUGGAUUUCAAGUCCAUGUUCUACCAAUACUUCCAGAUGGGCAACCGGAUCCGGAAGCACUACCUUUCGCCCCGCGUGGCCCUCUGUUUGCUGACGGGCAAGUUCGUCCCGCCGCUCAACAGGAGGAACCUGUACAGUCUUCAGUACAGCAUGUUACCCGCCAAGAGAGCUGGGGUGAUGGAGAUGUGGGAUGCCGUGAACUCGUUGCCGGCGUCCAAGAGGAAGUCGAUGCCUAUACAGGUGCCUAUCUUGGCGAACGGGAGGAGGCUUCCGAGCAAUUAUGGCGGAGGGAGGUCACGCAGUUAUGGAUAGCGAUUCGAUAGAAGGCGUGUGUACUUUGUAAUUUUGACUUGUAAAUAUUGGGCCUUAUUGGAUGCGUAAUGUCAUUGUCAGUUGCUAGCGA